ACUUCCUCAUUCUGCCCCUAACAUCCCAUCACACAGGAGCUGUCAUCCCUUCAGUUAGAUGUUUACUGAAUGAGCAAGAGAGGUUUUACACUGUUUAAAUCCGUCUGUGCGCUUUAAUCACGAGGAAGAAGAGUUAAUCUUCGACGAACAGAGCAGAGAGAAGGAGCCAUAGCAUGACAUCUCUGAUGAAGAGCUGAGUUAGAGAAAGGAAUCUUUAAACCUUACCUUCAAAAGAAAAGUCAACAAAUUCCACUAUGGCUAAGCCCAGCUAUCUGUCCAUGAGGACUAUUGAAGACUCCCACCUGGAGGGCUGGGAGAUGAUUGACUCUGGAGGUUUUGGACACGUCUACAAAGUCAAGCAUCGUCAGUGGUGCUCCAAUGUUGCCAUUAAACUGCUUCGUUUUGAUGACAGUCAAACUUUGCUGCGAGAGCUCAACAUGAUGUAUCAAGGGAGCAGCCCGUAUGUCAUUCAGGUCCUCGGGAUCUUUAGGGGUCAACUGCCAUCUAACCCAUCAUCGACACAGCUUGGACUGGUCAUGGAGCUCAUGGAGAGAGGAUCGGUUGCUUUUCUACAGAAAUCUUUACCUGGACCUCCACCCUGGCCAUUGGUCUUCAGAAUGGCUCACCAAGUGGCUUUGGGGAUAAACUUCCUCCACUGUCUGUGCCCCCCUGUGCUCCACCUUGACCUGAAGCCCAGCAACGUGCUGCUGGACCCCUCUCUUAAUGCCAAGCUUACAGAUUUCGGCCUUUCCAGAUUUUACCACAGUAGCACGCAGCUUUCCAAGAAGGACACUGAGACAGAGGGGGGAGGGACACUUCCAUAUAUGCCACCAGAGGCAUUCGAUGUGAACUACAAACCUAAACAAGCCUCUGAUAUCUACAGUUAUGGCAUACUCUUAUGGUCCAUUGUCACAGGGAGAAAACCUUAUGAACAUGCAACAUCCGACUUAGUCCGCCUUCUAAUCCCGGAAGGACAACGUCCAUCACUGGAUGAUAUCAGAAGCCAAGUGACGGGGGUGGCAGGUUUGGAGGUGCUGAUGGCGGUCAUGGAGAAAUGCUGGAGAGGAAACCAAGACCAAAGGCCCUCGGCCCAUGUGUGUACAACGGUGACAGAAGAAUUGUAUAAAGUGCACAAACAUGCGAUGGUUGACGUUGUCCAUCAGGUGCUCAAGGAACUGGAUCAACAGGAAGAAGGUUUAGUAGAGCAAGUUCAGAAGGUUCACAUCUCCGAGGUGUCAGUGGGUGCCAGACGUGAGGAAGUGAAUCUGUAUGAUAGCGUGCCAACAGGGCCUGCACCAGUACAGGAAAUGGCUAGUGGGCGGAUGGCAAAUCAAAGACCUGAACCAAGACUCAGAGAUUCCCCUUCACAUCGACCAGCCACUAAGUGUGAAGUCGACCAGGGCAGCUCAGUGAUGGACAAAAAUGUAAAAAAGUCUUCCGUUUACCCCAUUUUAUCUUCACAGCCCACUCGUUCCAGUGUGCACUCAUCCCACAACAGAGUACAAAAUAUGUUCCCAGAGCUCCGUCGGUGUUCCAUCUCCAGCCUUUUGCCCUGCUUCCCCUCCCCGCCUUCACGUGAAUAUUACAUCAACAUGAGCGAUGUGACAGGAAUUCAGUACGGCAACGGCAACACCAUGCACAUCAACCUGCAUGAGAGGAAGCGGCACCCGUCAGCACCUCCUAGUGUCAACUUCCCGUCCACACAACCAGGAAGUAGAUUGGACAAGAAAGAAAGCUGAGUCAAGUGAAGGGGGGCGUGAGGGAAGUGGCGGACACCAACCGCACUCACAAUUUACCACACCAGCAUUCAUCAUUACAAACUUUUCAUACUGUGCUGUUUUUAAAUUGCACUCCUCAAUGAAUCCUCAAAUUUGACAUAUUCUCAUAAAAUGUAUUCACCGUGCAAUAAUGAAGAGCUGUUCAGUCACAUCAGACGAUUGAAUGUUUCAAGUAUGUAAAAAAAUGUCCUGACUGAUAUUUUGUGAAUUUAUUUAUUUAGCCGGAUAAUUUGAAUUUUAGGAAUGUUUAGGUAAAUAUUUUGUGUUUCCGAGCAGGUAUAGAAAUGUAUUUUCUUUUACUUUUGGACCAUUUCGACAAUUCAAAGGUAGCUAGAUCUGUUGUGCUGUCCCACCCUGAUACAUAUGUGGUGCCAAAAUUGCACAAAUCCACUAUUACGCAUGACAGACGCACCUAGCUGAGCCACUGUACUUCAUUGUACUUCUAGCUAAUGCAGUAAAGAUCAUGAUGACUGGGCAGAAACACCCUCAAUAUUGAAAGCGAAGAAUCAUCGCUUCAUAUGGAGUAUGAGUAGUUGUCGAUACUGGUGUACAUUUCUCUAAUUUUACAGUUUACAAUAAAACAACAAACAGCCUUAUGUAAUUAACACCAGGGUGUGGUGUUGCCACUGCAAGAACUGAGGGAAGUUUAGCCAGACUUUGGUUUGUUAUUUUUUUUCAGAGUACUUCCUAGUAUAAGAGGAACCUCAAGAGAAAUAAUAAACUAUGAGCGAUCAGUACUUUUCAUUUUGUAGCAUGGCUGGAUCAUGUCAAUUCAGUGUUGAGCAGUACUUUGAGGAGUUCCCCCAAUGGAGUCCUCUAAACUGUUGGGACCAAAAUCGCAUAUUAAGUUCUCUUAUUUAUUUAGUUUAGUUGGUUUAUCCUUUAUUUACACAUGAGGAAGUUCAUGGUGAAGACAAUCUCCAUGUAUUAUGGUGUGGCUUCAUUUUUGUAAUGUAUGUUUUAAAUUUCAAAUCUGUUUUUUAAAGAAGCUCUUUAAGUAUUUUUGUUAUUUUUUUCCAGUCUUUAUUGAUUGUGGUUUUCAUCUUUGAACAUUUUCAACGUUGAGCCAGGCCUAACACCUCUGUUCUGUCCUGUCAGCAGUGUAAAUAUCAGUCAAAUGCGUUCAUAUGGUUUUGCCUUUGUACCAACUGUGGUCAAUGAAUAUCCUCAGUCACAAUGCCACCAUCAGAUGCCAAAAACCGACUUAAGAACACAUUGACUACAAAACAGGGGGAUUUAUUGUCACACAAAAAUGUAAACUUCCUAACUCAAUACUUUGUUAAAACCAAUGUCCAUCACUGUUUCAUCAAUGGUUAUUGAAGUUUGACUUGUGGUUCUUGAUCAUAAAAUGUACUUUGUAUAAAUAUAUAUAUUUGGAAAGCA